UAAAAUGGCGUUUUGAUGACGACGGGAGAAGUGAGGAGCCCUGCCCUUGUUUAAAAGUGACACCAAUGCAAGACAUCAAGGGUAGGUGAUGGAGCUCCCGAACUAUGCCAGUCAACUGCUUCUUCAGCUCAAUCAACAGCGCUCCAAGGGCUUCCUUUGUGAUGUCAUCAUCAUGGUUGAGAACACGCUAUUCCGAGCCCACAAAAGCGUCCUCGCCGCCACUAGCCACUACUUCAAAUCCUUGGUCCUUCAUGAUAACCUCAUCCACCUCGACCCCGAUAUGGUGGAUCCAGCUGUUUUUCUGCAAAUUCUGGAUUUCAUUUACACAGGCAAAUUAUCUGAUGAGGCCCUCGAUGCUCUUGAUUUGAGCUCCCUGCUCACCACAGCAAACUAUCUCCAACUCACUGACCUCGCAAACCUGUGCUCCAGCAAGAUCAACCAAAAUGGCUCCUUCAAAAGCUUAUCUCGUGGGAGUUCCUUGAGAGGGCAGAGGUUCUCUUCGCCUACCUCAAACAAAUCAUCAGUUCACUUGUACGACAGGGCAAUUGAAGAUCACUCAUCAGACACUGAAUUGUAUAGUAUGACCCCUCCCAAAAAGAGGCAUAAUGCUGAAAGUAGAUGCAUUUCUAGGAAGAAGCAGGACUUGGGGUUGGAUUUAUCGAAGAAGCACUCAAAUUCGGAAAUAACAGCGAAUGAUGAGGUUUUUGUUUCUAGAUCAAUCUCCAACAAAAUGCAGCUAGCAAUAAAUGAAAAGUGUGUUCCAAAGGAGGAGAAUUGGAUAAUUCCUUUGGAUGGAGCUCAGGAAAAGAAACGGGGGGGAUCCCGAAGAAAAUCCAAGGUCAAUGGUUACAUUCCUCUAAACAGGGCUGGAAGUCAACUAACCCAGAAUCAGAUGUUCACUCUGGAGUUAUCUGUAAAGAAAGAGAGAGAAAUUGUAGGAAAGAAGCAAGAUGAAACCGAAGGCCAAAAACCAAACAAUGGCUCCACAAAUUUUGUUUAUCAAAAGGAGACCUUUCUCAAAGAAGCCGAAGGCGACAACCCUUAUGUUUGUAUACCAUGCGAAAAGGGUUUCCCCUCUUCGGAAAGCCUCAAGUCCCAUGUACAAACCCAUAUCAAUGAAGAUAUGGAUGUGAAAGUUGAGGAUGAGGAGGAAGAGGAAGGUUAUGGAGUCACCAGAGUCUCGCAAGGAGCUUCCGAAAGCCUGGAGCAAAGUCCACCAAAGUCCCUCAAACAUGUCGACACCUUGCGUCCGUUCCCUUGCAAUAUUUGUGGCAAGAUGUUCACGCAGCGCGGCACAAUGACACGCCACAUGCGCAGCCACCUCGGCCUAAAGCCGUUUGCAUGCGAGGAGUGUGGCAUGCGUUUCACCAGGCAGUAUCGUCUUACCGAGCACAUGCGUGUUCAUUCGGGGGAAAAGCCAUACGAGUGCAAGGUCUGCGGAGGUAAAUUUACGCAACAAAGAAACCUCCUAAGUCACAUGCGGAUGCAUACAUCGUAGGACAGGUCAAAGAGUUCGAAACUUGGAUGAUACCUCGAAAUUAGAGUCAGAUCUUAAAUAUUUUGUUUAGUCUGGGUUAGGCUCGCUUUUUGAACUAUUCGGGAGGUUAGACCAUAUCCAAACUAAUCAGUUUCCGUUUGAAAACUCAGUUUACAGUGGAGAAAAAUGGUGUUCUAGUGAAUUAGAGGGGAAACGUAGCGAAAGCAAUGCGUUUUUGUUUUUACGUAAGCGUACUGGAGUGGGCGUGGCCUUAGUUCGCUCACAAAUGCUCUUGACCGCUACAAAGAUUCCUUUUCGUAGAGGAAUGGCGACGCUAUUUUUAAAUAAGCGUAAAAAUGGCAACGUCAGCCUUUACUUUGCUAUACCUCUGUCUUCAUACCUUCUUAAAUAUUGUAAUUGUGCAUGAGUUGUUUAUUGUUCUUGUUAGUGAGUAGUUAAAUCUGAAUUCUGCGUUUAUCCACUUAGAGAUGUAGUUUGAUCAAAUAAAAUAAUGAAAAUUACCUCAUAGUUAGUAAUCCUCUCUAGAACUGAAGCAAACGAAUGUUCCUGGUGAUACCAGUUAUUUUACAGCAGUGACUUGCAAUACUUCUCGAAUGUAUUUUAUGGAGUCUGAUUUAGUUUAUGCUUCAGAAACGGACCUCGAUAAUAAGGCUAUCUGGAUUGUUUACUUGAAUACACAAACUUGCUACCUCAGAUUAAACCAAACACUCUGAUUAGCCUAUAUGAGAUUAUUUAAGACUACAGGUUAGAUUAAAAACUACUCAUUGUCUUCCAUAUUUUCAGUCAUUAUCUCUGAAUCCAAAUAAUAAGCUUAAACUGACAUCUGAUCCAGAUUAGAGAAAAUACACUGCCUGUUUUAAAGUAAACUUUUCAGGGGGACAGGUAAUAAUCCUUCACUAGAGUUGCGAUCCGAGCUAGUUAUCGCUUGAGCAAUUAGGGUGUUUCGAUGUACAGUUCCAAAGAAAUAUUGAAUGUUGAAAAGCUAAAGAUAUACUGUAAAACUGUAACCAAAUCUAUAUUCUUGAAAAAUAUUUAAGUCUAAUUUAUGCUUCUUUUGAUUCAGGUUUAUAUUUGAGUCUUCGUCUUUUUAUUUUUCAGGGUUUUUCUUUCAUUUUCUUUUGGGGUAUUUCUUCUUCUUUGGCUAAUACCAAUGCUUUAAACGAAUGGCUUAAUUUAUACAGCAUGUUGUCAAUUGUUCAUUUUACUGAUGUGGCAUGUGCAGUGUACUUAUGAAUAAAUAAAUACAAAGUUAGGUUCAGCAAAUUGCAUUCGUGCAUUUAAGUGUUGAUACGAGACCAAAAGCGUAAAAGCGAAACCUACUGUAAAUAUCUUUUGGUAUCUUAAUGUCAGUUAUUGUUCUCAGUUUAUAUAUUUCUGAAACUUUUACUUUGUUCAGAUAAUAAAUCAUCUUUUACUGUGUUUUAAUUUCUUUAUGACAUGUGUAGUUUAAACUACCUCUUGUUGGGUAUUUUACACGUUUUUCAGCAUGCUGGAGGUUCUUUUGAGACCUGAUUCGUAGCUGAUUGCCUAUGUUGGCAAUAUCAAAAGGGUACUUUAAAUAAACGAUCAACUAGCCUGAGAUUUGAUUUGCUUAACUGCCUUUACAAGCAGUCUUUGUUCAUUUUUGUGCUUGCUUUAUUUUUCAUUGUUUUUUGUUUAUAUCGAGAUGAUUAUUUGACUUUGUAUAUCAAUACAAUUCUAGAAUAUUCAGGAACUUUUUAAUAUGUAAUAGGACUUGAAACUGAACUUCAAAACUGUGAUGAGUGACGACAUGUUCAUUUGCAUCCUCUGCAAACCUCAGGGAACAAAUUGGGAUGCAUGUCCUAAUAACGCGCCAUUAACCAAUAUUUUUGCAGCUAUGUUUGUCUGUUUUGUUUUAGAUAUAGUUCAAUAUUUUCCUUCACCUGACACAAUAAGCCUUCAGAAGGUUCGGCAGCUCUUUUUUCAACUUGCAGUAAAGUUUGUGUGUAAAUGUAUGGAUUGAUGUGGUUUUCAAAUGCUUUUGAAAAACAAAAAUCUCAUGUUCCUUGUUCAGAAAAUACAGAUACUAAAGUAUUUGCAACCUGUUAAUGAAAACCAAAGCACAUUUUCACUCUUUGAACAAUUUAAGGUCCUGUUGUAUAUAACCUUGUUCUCAGUUAUGACAUUAAAUAAAUUGAA